CAUGCAACUGAAUGACUGUACCAACAUACCCCAACAAACAUAUGCAAGCCAAAGUAGUGUAGCCUCUAUCCGUUGUGGACGUGCACACUACGAUAUAAAAGUGCUGACACGCUUGUGAACGCUAGUAAAACGGGGAUUAGUCCAUAGGGGUACCAAGUGAUAGUAGGCGACGGAUAGGUUAUAUGCAAUGAACGCCCGCACAUUGUGUCGUACAUAGACCAAAUAUAAAUCAACACAUCAGUGAAAAGUAGUCCAUCAGUCAAUAAGCAACUAAUAUGUUGAAAGGUAUUAAACACAAAGGGAAAAAACGGCCACAAGUGCGCUACCACGCACUCUUCAAAUACCAUACAACUAAGGACAAGGUAUGGUUUACGGCUUCGAUUCUCCUCACUGUGGGUGUAGGGGCGUUGUUGCCCAUUUUUUGCAUCUUCAUAGGUGACCUGUUGCAGAGUCUGACGGAUAUAGUGCAGAAUAUUCUCAAUGCUGGACUGGGAAACUCGGUUGUGGACAUUCUCAGUGUGCAAUGGCGCAAUACAACUUUGUACGAUGUGGUGUUCGACGAUGAGGUGCAAGAGGGUAUUAAAGGGAUAGUCAACAUAGUGCAGACCCGGAAUCAAUCCCAGGAACUUCUGGCCCAGCUACAGGCUGAUUUAAACCUUCUAGUGAUCAGGAUGGCCAUAAUGGGCGGUAUCGGUCUUGUCUUGGGCACGCUACAACGGGUAAGCUCAGGCAUAGCCACUCGGUCUGCAAUGGAGAGGAUCCGCCGACUAUAUAUUGAGUCACUGCUUGCGCAAGACAUGUCUUUCCACGACAAGCAUACGGGUGGUGAACUCGUGGCCCAUGCGACAGUGGACAUGAUCAAACUGGAGUAUGCUUUCGGUACUGCGCACUCGUUUCUGUACAUGAUGAUCGGCACGGGCAUAUCUGGAAUCGUCGUCGGGUUUUUGUAUGAUGUGAAGCUGGCAGCUUUCUGCCUCAUCUUUGUGCCUUUCAUCAUGUUGACUGGUUUGGUACUGUCCCGCAUUGCGUCUGCUUCCCAGGGAAAGGCCAGUCAGGUCUACUGUCAGGCGGCAGCAUGUGCGGAGGAGGCUUUGUGUUUAAUUAAGACUGUGUGUUCCCUCGGCGGGCAGGAGCACGAGGUGGAGCAAUACUACACACAAGUCAAAGAUGUUGAGCAGAAAACUAUUCUACAGUCACUGACGUUGGGCAUAGGCACUGGUGCAUCCAUGUGCAUCCUGUACGCUUCGUGUGCGCUGAUCAUGUGGUUUGCCUACGGCAUGGUAGACAGCGGCGAGAUCACCGCGGGCGCAGCGAUGACUGUGUUUUAUGCGGUGAUUGUAUCUGCCGUCGCCUUGGGCCAGAUCUUCCUACCUAUCUCAGAUAUAGCUGCCGCGCGUGGGUGUGCGUAUACCAUAUACAAUACUAUAGACCGUGUGUCGGCUAUCGACUCACUGUCUGAUGAGGGGAUCGUGCCGGACUCUUUGCAAGGUACUCUGGACUUCACCAAUGUCAAGUUCAGGUACGUUCCAGAUGGGCAAGUAAUUCUGCACGACUUUUCGCUGCAGUUCCCAGCCGGCAAGACGGUCGCGUUGGCUGGUUCGUCUGGCUCUGGCAAAUCCACAGCGCUGAUGCUGCUGGAGCGGUUCUACGAUGUGGAGGAGGGCAGAGUCGAGGUAGAUGGCCACAAUAUUAAGGACUUGCACCUGGGUUGGCUGAGAAACCAGAUAGGCUAUGUGGGGCAAGAGCCGGUGCUAUUCGCCGGGUCCAUCGCCACCAACAUUGCGCUUGGCGCUGAGAUGAUCGCUAAUCCGGACUUCAAUGCCAAACGACCAGCAGAUGUGUAUGCGAAUCCACGCUUUGUGCGCCAGGAGGUGACGCUGGAUCAGGUGAUUGCGGCUAGUUCCAUGGCCAAUGCACACGAGUUCAUCUCCAACAUGCCCGACGGCUACGACACGCUGAUAGGCGAGGGCGGCGGCAUGUUGAGUGGGGGUCAGAAGCAACGCAUAGCCAUAGCACGCGCACUACUGCGAGACCCAAGGAUUCUGUUGCUGGACGAGGCCACCUCGGCCCUGGAUGUGAAGAGUGAGAGUGUGGUGCAGGCUGCUAUGGAGAAGGCUGCUGCCGGGCGCACGACCAUUAUUGUGGCACACAGACUGCGCACUAUCCGCAACGCUGAUGUGAUCUGCUUUAUGCACCAGGGCAGGAUACUGGAGACGGGCAGCCAUGACGAGUUGGUGGCCAGGGGGGGGGGCUACGCUGAGUAUGUGCGUAUUCAAACCAAGCACUCGCCAUCUGAGGCGAACAGGGAUGACGUCGAUGCGACUAUGCCCACAGAUCCACCGGCCACUGCGCAAGCCUUGCGCUCAACAACGAGCACUGUGGAUAAGGACCUGGACAAGGCUGACCCCGAUAUAACAGCGGGUAACCUCUACCAUCUAGACAGCGAUGACGAAGUGGCACUGGAGGAUUCAACGGGUGCCGAACCGAAGAAAAAGCAGAAGCGCAAUCAGUUCAUGCAGCUGUUGAAGAUGAAUCGUCCGGAGAUACCUACCAUGUUGGUAGGCAUGGUGGCGGCCGUUAUCACGGGCCUGCUGUGGCCUGUCUUCGCUUACGCAAUGGGUGAGAUGAUCUUUGUGUACAUGACGCUGAACGAGGAUCAGGCUCAGAAGUGGAUCAAGACCUUCCUGGCCCUCGCAGGCAUUGCGCUGUUCACCAAUAGUAUUAUGUACUGGUGCUUUGGGGCGGCGAAGCAAAAGCUCACCCGCCGCCUGCGCGUGUCCACGUUCAGAAUGUUUAUGAAGCAGGACAUGGGCUUCUUCGACAUGGAACACAACAAGGUCAGUGAGCUAACGGUCAGUCUCUCCAACGACGCCGCGGCUGUGGGGUCAGUAAUGGGUGAUACAGUCAUCAUGACGCUGGUCAUGCUCAGCACAUUAGUAGCCACCUUUGUCAUAGGCGUGUUUCUGUGCUGGCAGUUGGCGCUGGUGAUGAUGUCGUCGUUCUUCAUCUCGGGUCUUGUGUCGUAUGUGGGUAGUCUGUUGGCCAAUCGCAUCACCAAGAAAGCCGAGAACAGUCUGGACGAAGCAACCACCAUGGCCAGUGAAUACCUCCAGUCAGUGCGCACCGUCACAUACCUGGGAGUGAGCACAGACAUCCUGCAACGCUACCGUGACUAUCUAGAAGCACCCAGAAAGUCCAUGUUCAAAGCCAGCAUCAUCUCCGGACUUACUUUUGGCUUUGCACAGUGUGUGAUCUUGUCCGUUUGGGGUUUCUCCUUCUGGUUCGGUGUGGAGAUGGUGACUACCACGGGUGGUACUACGCAGGAGUGCACCAUGAAAGAGGCCAUCACAACCUUUGCCGCCGUUGUCUUCGGUGGCCUGGGAAUGAUCUCCUCCUUAGCCUUGGCGCCCGAUGUGAAUGCCGCAAGGACUGGUGCCGCACGGCUGUUUAUGUACAGAGAUCAGCAGCCGACCACAGACACCGGCACAGACGAGGGCGUCCACUUUGCCAACCCGGCUCUACUAGGACAGCCGCUCAGCGGGAAAGCGGGGCAGAUGGAGUCCAGUUCGGUUGGACUGGUGGAGAAGACAUCGACCACGGCCCUUGGCCUGACCAAGUGCAUUCCGGUGGAAGGUGACGUGGCGUUUCAUCACAUCGCCUUUACCUACCCCGCGCGACCACGACAUCCUGUGCUGACUGACUUUAGCGUUGACGUGGGUCGAGGGCAGACGCUGGCCCUGGUCGGUGAGAGCGGGUGCGGCAAAUCGAGUUGUCUGGGGCUGUUGGAGCGGUUCUAUACUGCCGCAAAGGGACAGAUAACUGUGGACGGGAUCCCGGUGGAGGAUGUGAAUGUGAAGAGUCUGAGACGAACCAUUGGCAUGGUGGGCCAAGAACCACACCUGUUCACGGGCACGAUCCGAGAGAACAUGCUGUAUGGCUUAAGUGCCGAGGAGAAGGCUGAGCUCACCGACGACUCUCUCUGGCGGGCCAUUGACGAUGCGAGUGCGAGAGAGUUUGUGGAGUUGUUGGGGGAGAAGCUGGACACACACAUAGGCGUCAGGGGUUCUCGGCUCUCUGGUGGGCAGAAGCAGCGCAUAGCCAUUGCACGCACCCUCCUGCGAGACCCGCAGAUUGUGUUGCUGGACGAGGCCACAAGCGCUCUGGACGCACAGAGCGAGUCUGCGGUACAGGCAGCCCUGGAUAAGAUGAGCGCUACACGAACUACCAUCACUGUGGCACACCGACUGGCGACCGUCAGAAACGCCGACAUCAUUGCGGUCGUGGCUGAGGGGGUGAUUAAGGAAUCGGGCACGCACGAAGAGCUGAUGGCCAUUCCGGGGGGUAGAUAUAAAGCGAUGAUGAAGCUGCAGUGAUUACGGAUGCGCAUUCGAACGAGCAACAUCGCAGUUUUGGAGGUACUUUGUUGUAUGAUUAGGUGCGUAUUGUGCACAAAUUGGUAGAAGAACAUGCCAGAAUUUGAUAUAAAAUUGAACCUAAACACGC